AUGAGAGAAUCCAAUAUGUUUAAAGCUUUACGUUCUUCUAUUGGUCAACGUCGCCCCAGUCCAUUCGCAACGCUUCCUAGCUUCCAUGGCUACACAUUUUUCCCGAUGGAUAUUAUGCAUUUGUUAGGACACGGCAUUGCUCAUCAGCUAUGGAAUAUGAUGCAAGGAACUUACGGCAAAAACAACAAUCCAUUGUAUUUAAGUCCGGCUACCCGUAACACCAUCAGCCAACAAUUGAUUGCUUCAAGCCAAACAACACCAUCAUCGUUCUCAGGCUCUUGUGGAGAUAUCAAAAACAAAUCGGGAUACUUUCGUGCGGUGGAUUGGAUACACUUUGCCCGCUUCUUAUUGCCUACGGUGCUGCUUGGAUCGGAUGACCAAGCCAAAAGAUGUCAAGUUGUUGAAAAAUCUGCUAAAGGGUGGACAACGUUUCUCAAAUCAAGGCAUUCUGACAAACCUCUCUGA